AUGAUAAAGAAAGGAGACCCACCCCUGGACGAUGUGGUGUCAUCGCUCAGAAUAUCUGAGAUCACGAAUGUACAUGUUAAAGAUAUAACUGACAACAAACCCGAUGUUAAUGCGGUCACAGUGCCUAAAAGUACCCAGAAGACCUGUUCGAACUGUGGAUACCAUCAUAUCUACGGUCAAUGUCCGGCGUAUAACAAGACGUGUGUCAACUGUAAGAAGAGACAUCAUUUCGCUAAGAUGUGUCGUUCCAGCAAAGUCGCAUCAAAUGAGGUAAACUUGCAAGAUGAUUCUGAUUACUAUGUAGAGUCUGUUACAUCAGACAUGUCUGUUGACUCGUUGGCGUGGUUCCAAAAGGUAAUACUGCCUGGAAACAAUCCGGUUCAAUUCAAACUUGAUCCAGGAGCUGAUGUCAACAUCUUACCAGUACACAUCUAUGAAAAGGUCAUAUCUUCACACCCUGUUCCCCUCAAGAAAACGGUGUCGACACUCGAGAGCUGGAAUGGCUACAAAACGCAAGUCAAAGGAUUAGCAACAUUCAACAUAGAAGUAAAUGGCAAGAUGUACUCUGAAACGUUUUGCAUCGCGGGAAAAGAGGACGCUACACCGAUUCUAUCUCGAGAUACGUGUGUUCGUUUAAAUUUAGUAAAAAGAGUUUCAUCUAUCGAAGCUACUGAUGAUAGAAAACAACAAUUAAUUCGUGAAAAUGAGGACUUGUUUGUAGGUUUGGGUAAGUUUAAUGAUCCUUAUGAAAUCAAAUUAAAAGCUGAUACUAUACCUACAUCCAAACCUCCAUACAGAGUUCCUCUAAAAAUAAGGCCAAAAUUAAAAGAAGAGUUGGAAAGACUUGAGGGUCUCGGCAUAAUAAGCAAAGUCACGGAACCCUCGGAAUGGGUUAACAGAUUAAAGGAUGAAAAGAAAACAACGAUACUAAAAGCCAACAGUCGUAGUGAUGUAUCCAACAAUUCAACUGAUGAAUCACCUAAGAUUAUUUAUAAAUCUGGUAAACUAAAACGUAGACCACCAAAGAAAACAGUUUAUUACAAACAUUCGAAUAAAUUCAAAAAAACGAAUAAACACAACGGUAUAAAAAACAUAAACAAGAAGAUAAAGAGAUGCGUUGCUAGAAAAGAUGCAAACUUAUGCGAAAUUUUGAACCAAAUAAACCCCGAGUCGUUAUCUGAGUUAACAUCUUGUUUUAUAUUAAAACAAGUACCUGGAAAACAAAGCUUACUAGAAGGUUUGAAUUUGGCAGAAGAAAAUAUCGAUGAAAAUAGUGAAAAUCUCACGCCAUCAUUAAAUUCGGUAGAUUCGAUGAUAAGCAAUUAUAGCCAAAAUACAAUAUAUGCAAUUAAAAUAGAAUCGUCUGAAACUGAUAGUUUGGUUAGAUGUUCUGAAAGUUAUGUUAUAAAUGAACCAAUGAAAGCAAAUAUCAUCAACGUAUCCAGAGCCCAGAUGGACAAUAUAUCCUUUAGAAAUCCGAAAAGUUUAGAUACGUUAACUGGAGAACUUGAUUUAACUGACAAUAGAGACCAUGAAGUUCAUCCUAAUGACCAAAGAGAUUUGCCGACUUCCAAAUCUAUUGAAAGAGAUCUUUUUUCAGUCCAAACGGAACUGUUCACUUCUAGCGAAGCUAGUGUAGAAACUUUGGUUAACGACGAUGAGAAACUAAAGACGCAUACCGAAGGAAACGAAUCUUUUUAUCAAUCAAGUUCGAACUCUUUUUCGCAUUCAAGCAUCACACUCCACGUGGAUAAUUUUGAUAUAGCAUCAAAUAAAAAAUAUGCAAAAAUAUCUUUAUCUCACACUAAAACGCUUAUGGAUACAGUGAAUGAUAUGGGUAUGUUUCCUGAAAUAACUAGACGCAGAUCUUCUACUAAGUUCAAUGAUGUUAUCGUUGCAGAAAGAUUAAUAACCAGUUAUAAGUUAUAUAAAGAAAAUGAGGAUAUGCUAAAUGGUAACUAUAAUCAAACCGACGAUUUUAAAACUAAGAGUGUUGCACAGAAUGUAGACCAUGGAUCGAAAUCAAAUUUUAAGCCAAGAAACAUCGAAAAGCUUCCUUUUGACAUUCGUAAAAUAAAUGAAAAGUACGAUUCAUACACAUGCACAAAUGAAUCCCAAAGUGACAAACCGUCUAGUUCAUCUGAACUUUGGGACAGAUUGACCGCUGCUCUAGACGCUCAAGUUCUAAAGUUAGAAAAAUCACUUACUGAUACAAUUAUAGCAGAAACGAAAAUGUCGUUGAAUAUUUUAACCAGAUUUAUGCAAUUUGGUUCUGAAAAACACAAGGUUGACAUUGAAAGUAAUGUCAAUGAAGUACUAAAUCAAUUGGACGAAGAUUUGCAAUGCAAUAUAUUGGAUGGACCCCUUAAACCUAAUGUUACAAGCGCAGAUAUUUCUUUAUCUGGUUUGUUACAUAAUAUCACAACGGGAGUACAAUACAAUUUGAAGUCAUCUUUUGAAGUUUUGAAGCCUGCAGUAAAAUCAGCAGAGGAUAGCCUAGAUGUUCUAAGUAUAGAAGUAGAUAAACCAGGACCAUCUGCUUCUUCAAGCCAUCGUUUGAGACCUUCGUUCUCAGCUAUUCAGUUAUUUUUUAAAGAAAAUGCCACAGUUUUGGUUGGCGCGCCGAUUUUUCUAGUAUCUCUAGUUUUUAUUUAUUUUAUAUUUGUUUUAGUAGUGAAUGGGAUUUAACCUGUGUUGACGUACCUAUUAGUGUAGGAUGUUUUUUGUAGAACAUGU